AUGGUUGGGAUUGAAGGCAUCGUGGUCCGGAUUGUGGGCAGUGAAGUAGCCGGCAGUGGUGGCAGAGUCAAUGUAGGAAGAGUAGGCAUGGUUGGCAGUGUUGGAUUGGGCAAAGUUGACGGAAUUUGGGUGCUUGGCAGUGGUGGCAGUGUGGGCAUUGGCAAGCUUGGGAUUGUUGGCAUUGUGGGCAAAGGCAUACUUGGCAAUGGUGGCAAUGUGACUUUAGGCAGAGAUGGAAUUGUAGGCAUUGUUUGCAGUAGGUUGCGAGCUGCCAAACUCAUCUGGAUGCUUGAAAGUGAAAGCAUCAAAACCAGAGAUAGAACAAAACUAGUAUGA